AGUGUUUUCCAACAUUGACGGAAAACCCAACCCCGGAGACGCGUGUUUGUGCUACUUCUCACUCCCGUGUCCUCCUGAAAUAUGCAUGACUUUUAACUAGACAGUGAAAUCACUGAGUCUCGGCAGGCCAUCGGGGGUAAUGUAAUGAGAUAUACCUCGGCGAACUUGAUAGUGCUGGUCAAGCUCAGCAGGGUCACCUACAGGCCUCAGGUUUAAACCAUGUUCAGCACUUCAUACCUCUUGCGGUAUCUUUAGAUUAUUAAAUGUUACAUAGCUGUUAAAUCGCUCUAAUAUGGGGCCAAAAGCUGUUUUGUGCAAUGAAGAAUUAAAGCACACCCUUUGACUCAGAUGGAGUCUGCCUUGUUUCAAAGAACCCUGGUGUUGCUCCCAAGUAAGGGGUGGUGACAUGUCCUUUAUUUACUAGAAGCGGAACAAACCUGUUUUUCAAGUCACUGUUGAUCUAUAACCCUGGUUGCUCAUAAACAGUGUUUAGAUUACUCUGUGGACAGAGAGGAGCACUUCUUCUUUCUGCCUCAAAAGAACCACAGCUUUAAAAAAGCAGCCCCGCUGCCAACAGGAUCCUGCCAUGGCGCUGCGCCCACGUGCUUCCUCUCAGCCUGGAAAACUUUCCUUCUUCCAGAGUCCCAAGUUAGCGUCAGCCCUGCGACCUCGGGCCGUUUCCUCGCGGUCAGGCUCCAUGCUGGAAGAAGAGCUGUCCUGUCCAGUGUGCUGUGAGAUCUUCAAGGACCCCGUGGUGCUCAAGUGCAGCCACAGCUUCUGCCGAGCCUGUCUGCAGCAGUUCUGGAACAAGAAGAAGGCCAGGCGUGAGUGUCCUGUCUGUAGGAGGAAGUGCUCCCUGACCGAGCCAACAGUCAGCUUGGCGCUGAAGAAUGUGGCCGACACCUUUCAGAGUGAGCAGGAGCGCAAGACGGGGGCAGCUGGAACAGGGUCGAGGGACGAUGGGACGGGAGAGCAAGCAGGGAUGUUGGAGGAGAAGUGCAUCACGCAUGGGGAAGUUCUCAAGCUCUUCUGUCUGGAUGACUUUGAAGUCCUCUGCUGUGUGUGUCACACCUCCAAGAAGCACCAGGGACACCAAGUGUGUCCAAUGGAGGAGGGAGCUCAGGACCUGAGGGAGGAGUUGAAAACAGACCUGAUUCCCCUGAAGAAAAACCUGCGUCGCCUCUAUGAAGCCAAGCAGGAGUGUGAUGACACAACUGUGCACAUCAAGAACCAGACUCAGGCCACAGAAAAGCAGAUCAAAGAGGAUUUUCAGCAGCUGCGCGAGUUUCUACAGAGGGAAGAGACGGCUCGACUGGCUGCCCUGCGGCAAGAGGAGGAGCAGAGGAAAGAGCUGGUGAAGAAGAAGUCAGACAGCAUCACCAGUGGUAUCCUCACCUUCUCUCACGCCAUCAUUGCCAUUGAGAAUGAGAUUGCAUCCUGUGAUGCUCUCUUCCUUCAGAAUUAUGCCAACACAAAGAAAAGAGCACAGAUACCACCAAUGGAUCCAGAAAAAGUGUCAGGUGCUCUCAUAAAUGUGGCCAAGCAUGUCAGUUCCCUCAAGUUCCAUGUGUGGGAGAAGAUGUUGGAGCUGGUUCAAUACACACCCAUCACCCUGGACCCCAACACUGCCUACUCCUGGUUGUCCCUCUCCACGGACCUGACCAGUGUCGCCAACAGUGGAUCCCUCUUGCAACUCCCGGCCAAUCCUGAACGUUUCGGCCACUUUGUAUUCGUGCUGGGUUCAGAGGGUUUCACUUCAGGACGCCACGCCUGGGAGGUGGAUGUCGGUGACAAGACGGACUGGAUGCUCGGGGUGGUCAAGGCAUCCAUUGACAGGAAAGGCCGCAUAUCAGGCUGUCCCGAGGGUGGCUUUUGGAUGAUCUCGCACUACGAGGGAGAGUACUCGGCCAUGACGAGGCCCAGCACCCCGCUGCACCUGAUGGGCGAGCUGACCCGAGUCAGGGUGCAGCUGGACUACGACUCCGGAGAGGUGACCUUCUCCAACCCUAUCAGCAUGACGCCCAUCUACACCUUCACCGACUUCUUCACUGAAAAGAUGUACCCCUUCUUUUGCCCUGGGGCCAACAUCAACGGGAAUAACCCCAAACCACUAAAGAUCUGCCCCGCCAAGGUGGCCGUGUGGAACAGUGCGACAUGGUGACCCGAUUACCUGAUGUGAUUCAAUAUGC